AUGCAAAAAAAAAUAGAAGAUAUAGCAUUUGCUGCUGCAAAUCAUUAUAUUAGUAAAUACCCAAAUGCAGAUGGUAGCUCCACUACGCAGUUUUAUGCGAAGGAAACAAGCAAAUUAUUUUUGGAUGCCCUUGUGCAAGGAUCCCCUGAAGAGACAGAAGAUCUCAACGCCAGCGAAGCAUUCCCUGAAAUAGUUGAAGCGAAAGAAACAUUUUUUGAUAUGUUUACAAUGGAACGAGGAUUUCUUGAUGAAGCUUUAGCCACAAAGUUCUUCAGACCAUUAGAAGAAAUUAGGAAUUAUUGUACCAAGAUACGCUUUGGCAACCAAAGUUUUGGAGUGGAGUCAGCUCGUGUUGCGAAAAAAGUCUUGAUGGAUGUUCAGAAAACUUUAACAGAUGUGGAAUUUGCAGAUUUUGUCUUCGACAGAUCUCAGGCUGAGGCACUUGAGGUUAUGUCAAUAUUUUCAUCUGCUUUAGAAGGGUGCGUGCUGAGAUCCUUUAGUCUUUCACUAAAUGAAUUGGCAGAGGAGACCAUCAAAGCUUUUGUUCCACUCUUGAAAUCUCAGAAAAUGCUAGAAGAAUUGAAAUUCAAUUAUUUCUACAUUUCCGUCGAAGCUGCGAGAGCCAUUUGUGAGCUUCUUCCAUCUAUUGAAAGGAUUAAGAGUUUGCAUUUCCAUUACAACGAUUCAGGAGAUGAUGCAGCAGAGACACUUUCACUGCUUGUUAAGAAAUGCAUUGCUCUGGAGGAUUUUGAAUUCUCCGCAAGUGAGAUAGGUACACGAGGUGCUAUAGCUUUAGCAGGAGCUUUGAGCGAAGGCAGCAGGUUGAAAAUGCUUAAUUUAACAGAUAACAUGUUUGGGACAAAAGGUGGGAUUCCUCUGAGUCAAGUCGUCUCUAGACAUUUGGGUCUCACAGAAGUUUACUUUCGCCAUAUGAAUCUUGAGGAUGAAGGUGUAAUUGCAAUUGCCGACAGCCUCAAGGAUGCAGCUCAAUCUCUAAGAGUUCUUAUGAUUGGAGGAAACAAUAUCACUUCAAAAGCAGCUCCAGCUUUGGCAGCAUGCCUUGCUGAAAAAAAAUUGCUAACAACGUUUUCUGCAGCAGGAAACAAACUUGAGGAUGUUGGAUCAAUUAAAAUAUGCAAAGCAAUUUCAAAAGGUCAUGAGCAACUUAGAGUACUUGAUUUGAGUGCAAAUGCUAUGACUGUUAUUGGGGUUAGCUAA